AUGAAGACAGAGCUGAACAGGAAUUACUCGGAAGUGACCGAGUUCAUUCUGCUGGGAUUCGGAACUGCUCCAGAUACACAGAUUCUCUUAUCCCUAUUCUUCCUGCUGAUCUACAUGGUCAUUGUGGUGGGAAACCUCAGCAUGAUAAUUGUCAUUAAAAUAGACUCCAGACUUCACACACCUAUGUAUUUCUUUCUCAGAAACUUGUCCUAUUUAGAUCUCUGCUACUCCACAGUCAUUGCUCCCAAAACUCUGGCUACUUUCUUGUCCAAGGACAAGAAAAUUUCCUACAAUGGCUGUGCAACACAGUUCUUUUUUUUCGCUCUCUGUGUUGGGACUGAAGGCUUUCUUCUGGCCGUGAUGGCAUAUGAUCGCUUCUCAGCCAUUUGCUCGCCCUUCCUCUAUCCUGUUCGUAUGUCUCAACAGGCUUGUGUUCGUUUGGUGAUGGGCUGCUAUAUCUGUGGGGGCAUUAACUCCAUGAUACAAACAGGUUUCACCUUCAGUUUGUGUUUCUGUGGAGAAAACAGACUGGACCACUUUUUCUGCGACGUUCCAGCCCUGAUCAAGAUCUCAUGCNAGGACACCUGGGUAGCUCAGUCUGUUAAGCGGCUCCCUUCGGCUUUGGUCAUGAUCCCAAAUAGAGACCAUGGAUGGCACGUGGUCACUGGCCUUGAUCAUUCAGAGCUCAGCCCUCUGACCUAG